GAUGGAGAUGAGGAGGUGUGUGCGAGUGGCGUGCGAGUGGUCCGGGCUGCACGUGUCCGAGACGGAGCGGCGGCGUGGAGGUCCAGUCGUGUCGGCGAGCCGCGCUCCUGCACACACCGCCCCGCGAGUCGCCAUGGGGUCCGUCGCGCACCUCGCCGCGCUGGCCCUCCUGCUCGCCCUGACGACGCUGCUCGCCGCCGCGUCCGCGCGCCACCAUGAGCCCCGCGCCGGCGCCGGUGGCAAGAAGGCGGCCCUGGUCCGCCAGCUCCUGAGGAAGAGCAAGAUCAGCGAGGCGACCGUGCGUCUCGUGGGGGGACGAGUGCCGAGCGAAGGCAACGUGGAGAUCCACCACAUGGGCAAGUGGGGCGCGGUGUGCGACGACGAGUGGGAUUUGCAGGACGCCCAGGUCGUCUGCCGCCAGCUGGGCUUCGACGGCGUCCUCAGGGCGACGCAUAGCUCGGCUUACGGCCCUUCCAGGAGGCGCUUCUGGAUGGACAACGUCCUGUGCGAGGGCACGGAGCGCGAGCUGGCCGACUGCAGGACGGCCGAGGGCUGGGGCAGCUCGGACUGCAGCCACAGCGAGUCGGCGGGCGUCGUCUGCCUCGACCCUGACCUGGACGGCGUUGACCGGCCCCAGGCGCUCGAGGAGGACGGCGGGGAGGAGGAGGGGCGACCAAGGUGGAAGCCCAAGACGCGCAUCAAGGACGCCGUGGGCGGGCGGCUGCUCGUCCGGCUGGCCGGCGGCCGCACCAGGGAGGAGGGCCGCGUCGAGGUCCGCACCAAGGGCGGCGAGUGGUCCGCGGUGUGCGGCGAUGGCUGGAGCCUGCUGGAGGCGGGCGUGGUGUGCGCCGAGCUCGGGCUGGGCUACGCGCGCUCCGCCGUGCAGACGGACUUCUUCGGCGGCAACGCCUCGCACAUCGGGCUGAGCGGCGUCUCGUGCCACGGCAACGAGUCCUCGCUGUCGCUGUGCCUGCACGACUCCCUGGGGCGCGGGCUGAGCCGCGACGCCUGCCCCGGGCGGAAGGAGAACAUCGCCGCCGUCAUCUGCUCCCAGAAGAUCGCCGACCUGGUUUUCGACUACGAGGAGCUGACACGGUCGGCGCACCUGGAGGACCGCCAGCUCUUCUUCCUGCAGUGCGCCAUGGAGGAGAACUGCCUCGCCUCCUCGGCGUACAAGUUGCGCGAGGAGGACUCGGCCAACUGGCACCUGGAGACGCGGCGCCUGCUCCGCUUCACGGCCAGGAUCAUCAACGCCGGCACGGAGGACUUUAGGCCCUUCAUCCCUAAGCACCUGUGGGAGUGGCACGCCUGUCACAUGCACUACCACAGCAUGGAGGUGUUCGCCACGUUCGACGUGCUAGACAGCCGCGGCGUGCGCGUGGCCGAGGGUCAUAAGGCGUCCUUCUGCCUCGAGGACAACCAGUGCGUGCACGGCGCCAAGCCCGUGUACGCGUGCGCCAACUUCGGCGACCAGGGCAUCACCGUCAACUGCUCCGACAUCUACCGCCACAACAUAGACUGCCAGUGGGUCGACAUCUCGGACCUGGACCCGGGGAUGUACACGCUCCGGGUCGCCGUCAAUCCGGAGUUCAAGGUCGGCGAGAUGACGUUCGAGAACAACGCCGCCCGCUGCAGCCUCCUCUACACAGAGUCCUUCGCGACUGUUUACAACUGCCGUCACGAGAGGCCAUGACGCGCGACGCGUACUCGGGCGCUUUUGUCAGAAAAUAGAAGAUUACCAAGUCUGCAGUCGCCGCUACCGCAGAAAAAAUAAAAAAAGUCUGUUCCUACUAAUCGAGAUAAUAAAAUCCAAUGGCUGUGCUGCAA